GACCAAUAAACGGCAUCAGUACCGUGUAAGAUAGCAACGCAAAUCAACUAAUCUAGUGAGAAAACCGAACGAUAGUAACUGAAAAUGAAAUUUGCCGUAGUGUUUGCCGCCGUGUUGGCCAUUGCCAUUGCUGCCCCGGUUGAAGAUCGGGAUGCUCAAGUGCUACAGUAUGAAAAUGACAAUCAGGGACUCGAUGGAUAUAACUUCAAAUACGACACCAGCAACGGAAUCCAGCGAGUUGAACAAGCCCAGCUGAAGAGUUUCGGAGAUGAUGUUAGCGCUCUGGUCGUUCGUGGUUCGUACUCAUAUGUGGCCCCUGAUGGACAGACCUACACUGUGAACUACAUCGCCGAUGAGAACGGUUUCCAACCGGAAGCUCCCCAUCUGCCACAUGCCUAAGAUGCGUACCUGCCAUACUUAGCUUUAAUGAAUUAUACCUACUAUGUUAACGGUGAUACGGAUUGCUGAAAACAAUUAAAAAUGCUGUGAAUAUUUUUCAA